GCAAGUACUUGCAGCUUCAGUUGAAUGCGCCGGAGUCUGGAAUUAAUUUCGAGGCUGGAGGCGAAGUGCCAAGGUGGCGCUGAGGCCCGGUGUCAUCCCAACGGCGAGAAUCCGAUGAACAGGCUUGUGUCUUCCAUCAGUCGAUGAUGCGUUGCCGCAUACCUGAAGACACGGCGUGCCUUGGAUGGCCAAUUUUAUCAAUGCCCCUCUCCCUCUAAACAAACCUGGGUGUUGACAUCUUUCUCAGUCGUCCAAUGCCACAUUUCAAACAAUCCACUUGCUCAGAGAAUGGAGUUUGUCUCGAACCCGGGGGAGAAUGAGGGACCCACGGUGUUGGUAGCAACACUAACAGUCACCUGCGUGGCAUUGAUUGUCGUAGCAGCUCGCCUUUGGGUGCGCCUUGGCAUGAUUCAUAGCUUUGGAUUCGAUGACGGGUUCAUGACAUCCGCGAUGGCCAUCGCAGUUGCAGGUCAAGGUGUCCUGAUCGUGCAGGUUCUUCACGGAGUUGGCCGCCAUGUAGGAGACAUAGACUUCAUGAACGAUUAUCCGAUAGCGAUGAAGAUGGCUUUCGUUUCUCAACCCCUUUUCCUUGCCGCCAUCUGUUUGGUCAAGCUUGCCGUUGGGUCAUCUCUACAUCGAAUCGCUUCCAAAAGGCUGUACAAGAACCUCAUCACUGGUGUCAUGGCCUUCAUGACUGCUUACACAAUCGCCUGCGUUUUCACCAUCAUCUUUCAAUGCACCGAUGUAAGAGCAUUCUGGGACUUUAACGUCAAAGCAACCUGCUGGGAUGUCAAUACCAUCAAGGGCCUAUCCUACGCGAACUCCUCGAUGAACAUACUCACCGACCUUCUGUUCGGAAUAGCUAUUCCCGCGCCUAUGCUCUGGAGCCUCAACGUCCCGCGAAGAGUUCGAAUAUCCCUUAUGAUGGUGCUCGGUCUGGGCGUGUUUGCAUGCGCAGCAGCUUGCGCCAAAGUCUAUUACAUCGUCACGAGCUAUGGAAGGGCCUUCGAUCCAACCUGGGAUUCGCGAGAUAUCCAGACGUGGACCGUAAUCGAAGCCAAUGUCGGAAUCAUAGCUGGAAGUCUGCCAACUCUACGACCUCUAUUCAAGGACUUCCUGGGCAGCAUCUACGGGAAGGGAUCAAAAGCGCCAACAGGAGGAGUAUACUAUGGCCGUGGCACGCUGCGCAGUGGAAGUAAUUGGCAGACCCUGUCAAACACUCAGUGGCCGACCAAGCCGGGCGAAGACAGCGGCGAGAAGAUUCCCAGGAACCCCAGAGAUCGGGCAGGGAAUGACUACGAGUUGGAGACAUACGCCGCUCGGCCUGUUGGAACAACCACCGUCGCGGCUAGGACCGGGGGCGAUGACAGUGAUAUGAGUGAGGACAAGGAUGAGUUGCGGGACAGCUUGAGCGAUGGGCGGGGGAUCAAGAAGACCACAGUGACAACUGUCAUGUACACCAGCUCUCCAUAGUUGUGAACGUUGAGCCGGUU